GACCGAAUGACUCAGCGGUUUUACAGCAACAGCUGGGGUUUGCUUUUGUCUAUAUUCCGGUGAUAGUUCUAUGCCAGAAUUUAGCUGUCACUUUUAUCAAUGCGAACGAGAUAGAGCAGGCUUUGAGUAGGCUAUCAUAAGCAAGAUGAACGUAAGGAGAGUCGUCAAAACCAUCCUCAGUGUGGAGCAGGCGGAGGGUGUAGGUGCUCGUGUGCGCAGGAGUAUCGGGAGAAAGGAUCUGAAGAAUUUAAAUCCCUUUCUGAUGUUAGAUGAAUUCUUUGUAAGCAAGCCUGCCGGUUUCCCCGAUCAUCCACACAGAGGAUUCGAAACCGUCACUUAUCUCCUGAACGGCACUUCAGCACAUGAGGACUUCUGUGGCCACCACGGGAAACUGGAGGCAGGUGACCUACAGUGGAUGACCGCGGGGAGGGGCGUGGUGCACGCUGAGAUGCCCGUGUCUGAGGAGCCCGUCCACGGCCUGCAGCUGUGGGUGAACCUGAGGAGGGAGCACAAGAUGGUGGAGCCGCACUACCAGGAGCUGAGGGCACCACACAUCCCCCGACCCAGCCGAGGUGGCGUCACCGUGGCCGUCAUCUCCGGAGAGGCCCUGGGGGCCAAGUCCAAGGUCUACACGCGCACCCCCACCAUCUAUCUUGAUUUCAAGCUAAAGCAAGGCGCUCAGCAUGUGCAGCCAGUACCUGCAGGAUGGAUAGCAUUUAUCUACACUCUCUCGGGGUCGCUGUGUGUUGGUCCAGCUGUGGACCAGCGGCGAAUAGAGCCCCAUCACACGUUAGUGCUGGAAGAUGGAGAUUCCAUUCAAGUGGAGAAUAAGGCAACGGAGGACUCCCAUUUUGUACUGAUUGCUGGAGAACCGAUUGAUGAACCAGUGGUUCAACAUGGGCCGUUUGUCAUGAACACAGAGGAGGAGAUCGUACAAGCCAUCAGAGACUAUCGAACGAAAACCAACGGCUUUGAGAGGGCAAAGGCCUGGAGAUCUAAAAUUGCUCACUAGUGGCUCAAGUCCCUAAAAUGACCACUCUAACACAUCUGUGUAGCGUUGCUGUGGGAGUCAAAGUGUGUGUGUGUGUGUGUGUGUGUAUUGCUGUCAUCUCUCAGGCAUUAAAAUAUUUAUCAGAA